AUGAUUUCCAAAAUCCUUGCCAAUAGACUGAAAAAUGUUUUGAACCUCUGUAUAAGCAAAAAUCAAGCUGCUUUUGUUCCAGGAAGACAGAUACUAGACAAUGUGAUUUUUUCACAUGAAUUUUUGCACCAUCUGAAAAACAAAAGGCAAGGAAAUGCAGGACUUGUGGCUUUAAAGUUGGACAUGUCCAAAGCAUACGACAGGAUGGAAUGGAGGUUUUUGGAGGCAAUCAUGGAAAAAAUGGAUUUUUGCAAUAAGUGGAUCAAAUGGAUCAUGAGCUGUAUCACCACAGUUACAUAUUCCUUCAAUAUAAAUGGGGAUCACAGAGGCUUGGUUACUCCUCAAAAGGGGAUAAGACAAGGUGACCAUUUGUCGCCUUAUCUAUUCCUUUUGUGCUCUGAAGGGCUGUCAAAUCUACUUAAGAGAGCAGAAGAUGGCAAGAAAAUAACUAGAAUGACGAUCAGCAGAAGAGGACCAUCAAUCUCUCAUUUAUUUUUUGCUGAUGAUUCUCUAAUAUUUUGUAAAGCUGAGUCCAGUCAGGCUAAGGAGCUAAUGUACUUGCUGAAGAGAUACGAGGAAGGCUCAGGUCAAAUGAUCAAUUUAGAGAAGUCAUCUGUCUUUUUUAGUAAAAAUAUGUCCAAUGCUAAGCAAGAUGAUAUAUGUAAGAAGCUGGGGAAAAUACAAAAAGUCAGUCAAGGGAAGUACCUUGGUCUACCAAUAGUGGUCACCAGAACUAAGGAACAGGUGUUUGUUUUUGUGAAGGAUAAUUGCCAGAAAAGAAUAAACUCCUGGAAAAACAAAUUUUUGAGUGCUGCUGGGAAGGAGAAGAAGUUGGCUCAGGAAAAGGAGAAUGGAGGGUUGGAUUUCAAAGACCUGCAGAGAUUUAACAGAGCAUUGCUGGGGAAACAGAGCAUUAUGGGAGCAAGAGAGGAGGUGGAGGAAGGUAUAAGGAGGAAGAUAGGAAAUGGGAGGAGCACAAAGGUAUGGGACAACCAAUGGAUACCUGAAACUCCAAGAGGGCAGCCAACAACAGUACGGCCACAAAAUUGCAACAUCAGCACUGUGGACCAGUUGAUUUCCAACUUCAGAUGGAAUAGACCAGUGGUUUUCAGCACUUUCAACAGUGAAGAUGCAGGGAAGAUACUGAAGAUUCCUAUAAGCUGGACAGGGAAAGAGGAUAGCAAUUUUUGGAUCCAUAGUGGGAGUAGACAAUAUAUUGUGAGAUCUGUAUAUAAGGAAAUGACAAACAAGGAAGUUCAGGAUACCAGUAGCAGGGGAAGUCUGGAUAACCCAAGCGGGAGUUUAGGGGGCAGAAUGGGAUGGAAACAUCUGUGGAACUUGAAUGUCAAACAAAAGAUUAAGGUCUUUAUCUGGAAAUGCAUGAACAAUGCGUUACCAGUUAGAGAACUUAUCUAUGACAGAACUAAGUUGGGUGAGCCUAUAUGUACAGGUUGUGGAGAAGGAGAAGAAACGGUGGAACACCUACUCUUCCACUGUAAGAAUGCAGAACAAGUGUGGAACAUAUCACCUGUACAGUGGGAAGGGGCGGCUGACCAAAGGGGAUGCUUUAGGAGAUGGUGGAGUGCCCUGCUAGGUACAAGAGCUAGGCAAGGAGGGUUGGAGCACAUAUGCCUGACUGCUAAUAGUUUAUGGCACCUGUGGAAAGCAAGAAAUGAAAGAGUCUUCAAGGAAAAGAACAAGCUACCUUUACAAGUAAUACAAAAAGUUAUGCAAGAAUGGAUGGAACAUCGGGAAGCUAUGGAAGGGAUCAGGAAAGAGAGCAUUGCAGAAACUUUUGAUGCUGUGGACGAGUCAGAACACAACACAGUUGAGGGGGAGGGCAUUGAUGUACAAGUAGCUAUUACUAUCAAGAAGGAAAGACAAGUGGUGGGGAUUGGAGUAAUGGCAAAUGACACCAAUGGUCAGGAAAAAGCUAUUGGGCUAUGA